GAAGAAAAAAAAAGUAGUUUUCGAUUUCUACGAACGAACCGAUCGAUAAUAUUUUUUAUUGAUACUGUGAAUUUUAGUGUACGACAUAAAUAAGAUGGAAGGCCAUAAUGUUAAUGGUUUGUCUACUACUACGUUGGAAGUUAAACCUGGAACUUCUGGUAUUGAAAAUUGCAACAAUACCUUGGACGACGCCGUAGGGAAAUUAUUGCAAGGUUACGACUGGACGUUACUUCCAGUUACUUCCCGAGCCGGGAGUCGUAGGAGUGCACACGUGAAACGACCGAUGAACGCGUUUAUGGUUUGGGCACAAGCAGCAAGACGAAGAUUGGCCGAUCAGUAUCCUCAAUUGCAUAAUGCUGAAUUAUCGAAAACGUUGGGGAAAUUAUGGAGAAUUUUAAGCGAUGGCGAGAAGCAACCAUUCAUCGAGGAAGCUGAGAGACUUAGGAAUGCUCAUAAAAAACAACACCCACAUUACAAGUAUCAGCCACGACGUAGAAAACCAAAAUCGGAGGAGCAAUUGGUUAAUCCGAUAAAUCGUGGAUUAUCGUCGGUUGUAACGCCGUUGGAAACGAACGUUCCAAUUACGACAGAUUGUAAUUACGCUCGUUUAUAUACCGAGAACGAUAAUAUAAAGAUCUACGAUAGACCAACGUAUCAAGAUACAAAAACAACUUACGAUUUAUCGAGAGGAUCCUGGAGCAUAAACGAAACGAUCAAAUAUCCUAUGGAUCAUCAUUUGCAUCAUCAUCAUUUACAUCAUCACAAUAAUAAUAAUAAUAAUAAUAGUAAUAAUAACAACAAUAACAAUAAUAGCAAUAGCAAUAGCAAUAGUAAUAGUAAUAAUAAUAAUACCAGCAAAAAUUAUGAUUCCACGAGCAAAUACGACGUCAACAUGAAAAAUUUUAACGACGUUAAAUGUCACGAAACGAUGAAAUAUCAUCACAAUCAUAAUCAUCAUCAUCACCAUCAUCAUCAAGUUCCUUCUACGAACAAGUCUCACGAGAUUGUCACUCUCGGUAAAUAUAACGAAACGAUCUCGAAAUAUUCCGAAUCGCCGGAUGGAAAAUCUUACGAGAUACCGAAAUAUAACGAUGUCAAAAGUUACAACGAAAGUUUUAAAUAUCCGAACGAUAUUAUGACUACCAAUGGGAAAUCUUAUGCCUGUAUACACGGACAAUAUUAUCCGAAUAUAACCGAAACGUACACGGUGCAAGAAGAAAAUGAUUAUCAAGCUCAAACCAUGACACCCCAUACAUUUUAUCCAUAUAUAUCGGCGACCAUGUCUCAGGCACCUUAUUACAUGGGUCCACGAUAAAUAUCUAUCUAUCUCUAUCUCUAUCUCUCUCUCUUUCUGUCUCUUUUUUAGAAGCAAUUCAAAUUUUUUUUUUCUUUCUCGAAACCAAACUGAACGAAAACGAUUUCGAAAACGUUUCGAAAAUUUCAUCCGUGUAUGAUAACGAUUUAGAGAGAAGAAAAAAAGAAAAAACACUCAAAAAAAAGAAAUAUAUAUAUAUAUAAGACGAUUUGAAAAUUUUAUGAUCGGAAUAUUGGUUUUAAAAAUUCCCUAUAUAAAAAUGAUAAAUCGUGUCCGUCAUCGUGCUGUCAUCGAUAAUCCAAAAUGAUUUUUCUUCGAUCAUUAGAUCUAUCAUUGAUAUAUUUAUUCUUUAUAUUAACGAUUUAUUAUUAUUAUUAUUAUUAUUAUUAUUAUUAUUAUUAUUAUUGUUAUUAUUAGUAUAAAAUAUUUUUUUUUCUUUUUUUAUUAUCGUGAUUGACAAGUGGCGUGUUCGUUCUAGUCCCCCUAAAUCCCUUCCCCUCUCUCUCUUAUUUUUUAAACUUUUAGAUCAUCACAGACAACUAAAUU